AUGGGUUUGAUUUCAUAUUACUGUUUGCUAGUGGUCGUUUUUAUUGGUUUGAUCAUCUAUGAUCUUCUAUUUUAUACGACAUAUUAAAAUGAUGUAUGUCCACUAAUAGAGUAUACAGAUGCUGCAGCUGAUGAAACAACAGCGGAUGAGAAUGCCGCUGGAAAUCGAAUAUUAAAUCUGAUGACCGAGAAUAUUGAUGAAUUUAUAAACUCUUAAAAUGCAGCAUUUUACUUUAUUGUGUAGUGAUUGGUUUAAUUAUUUUAGCAAUGUUUGGUAUUUACUGUUUUGGUAAAAUGCCAAGUGAGAAAUUUGGGAAUUUAAGUAUUAAAUUAAUAGGCAUUUAUUCAAUUAGAUAUGUGUUGGCCUUGCUGAUGUAUUUAUGUAAGAAACUUUGCAGUUUUGACUAGAUUGGUAUCUUGGGUUGGGAUCUUAU